AUGAGGCUCUCGCGGUCUUUGCAGUGCUGGCUCAUAUGCCUGUUUGCCUGGAGAAUAGCCGCCGACAACAUUUCACAACCCAUCGCUAUCUUUCGAUCGAGGCCUGAUUUAUUUGCUCCGAUCCUCAGUGUCUUUGACAGAGUGGAAGAGAAACUGGCACCGGGCUACUACUUCGUCGCCCCAUAUCAAGCCGCCCAGGAAGGCGUCCAUAUAUAUGACAACGAUGCGAACUUGAUAUAUUCCGGCUUUGGCAGCGCUGGUCCGGGUGUCUCCCACGCGCCUCAGACAUGCAUGUACAAAGGCGAGAUCCAUCUAUGCUUCUAUCAGGGUGUGCAAAUGCUUGGCUGGGGCCACGGUCAUGGCCUCAUCAUGGACAAACAUUAUCGCAUCGUCAAGUCCAUUGAGCCGGGCAGCUACCAGGCCUCUUCCGACAUGCACGAAUUCCGGCUCAUCAACGAUGGGAAGUCAGCACUCAUGACCCAAUACCUCCGGAGCGUCUACGACAUGUGCCCCUGGAAUCUAUGCGAUGGCCUUGGUUACAUCCAGCAAGGGGCGUUCCAGGAGGUCGACGUCGACACGGGAGAAGUCCUGUUCGAAUGGCAUAGUCUGGAUCAUGUCCACCCGAGCGAGAGCUGGGUUCCACCGAGCACCACCGAGAUCAGCGGAACUGCCGAGCACCCAGACAGUCCUUGGGAUUAUUUCCACAUCAACUCCAUAGACAAAAACAAGGAUGGCGACUAUCUGAUCUCGGCGCGCCAUACCUCAGCAGUGUAUAAACUUUCGGGGGUCGAUGGCCACGUCAUCUGGCGCCUGAAUGGAGCCAAAUCGGAUUACGCACUCGACGGUUUCCAGUUCUCGUCUCAGCAUGACGCCAGAUUCAUCUCCGACAACGAAACGCACACGGUGCUCUCCCUGUUCGAUAACGGCACCAAUGGCUUCAACCAGACCCAGCCGCAUUCGACGGGUCAGAUCAUUAUCCUGGACCACCGGACGAAAGUGGCGACGUGUAUCCUGAACCUUGACCCACCGUUCGUCGACGGCCACGCACACAUCUCCAAGUCCCAGGGCAACAUGCAAAUACUCCCCAACGGUGGCAUCCUCAUGGGAUGGGGCAACGACGCCUUUUGGACCGAGUACGCGCCCGAAUCAUACGAGAUCAUCUUCUAUGGGGCGCUCGCGUGGACCAACACGAUGAACUACCGGGUGCACAAAUUCGACAACUGGGUGGGAAUGCCGCUGACCAAGCCUGCGCUGUGGACGUACUCCAAGGACGGUCGAGAAAUGAUGAUAUACGCCUCGUGGAAUGGCGCCACGGAAGUCCGGUCAUGGCGAUUCUACGGCGGCGAAUCCAGGGAAGGGCCGUGGGAGGAAAUCAGCCAGGUGGCCAAGAACGGAUUCGAAACCAUUUACAGGCACGGUGAGACGUACACAUACUCGUACGCGGAAGCCCUGGACAAGAACGACCAGGUGCUGGGAGCCUCUGCCGUCGAGUCGACCUUCAUCCCCAACGAACAACUACGAGAGUACUGUGACGAAAUUGCCUGCCGGUUCAUGCCCUCGCCCGAACAACGGAAGAAGGAGCAAGAGGACAAGCAGGGCAAGGAAAAUGAGGACAAACUCAAGCAAGAUCAGGACGAACAGGAGAAGCUGGAUGCCGAACGACAGCGGGCCGAGAAGGUCAGGAACGCCGAAAUUUACGGGGGUACAUUCGCAGGUCUGGCCCUCUUCAUCGUCCUCAUCAUCGUGCUGGCGACGAGGAACUUCGUCUCCCGCCCCGUCCACGUCCUGGCGAAUAAUGUCUAUAGAGCGGUCAAGCGAAAAGGAGCCAGAGAAGUGGGCUCCGGCGCGGGCUACAAGGCUCUGUCGCUGGAAGAGCAGGACGGGGACAGGGCGCCGAUGAUCACGGACCCGUCUUGA